UUCUCUCUCUCUCUCUCUCGCUCUCUCUCACACCUUCUUCUCCUUCUCCUCCUUCUCCUCUUCCACCUCCUUCUUCUUGUGUUUUUACCACUCAAGUUUAGUUGAUGUCUGCAUAUUUGAGUGGAAACUGGUGAACUGUGAAGUAGCUGAACCUUCUUUCUAUCUGUAUUUAUCUCUCUUUUUGCGUAUUCUUUCUCUCGCUCUCUUUGUAAAGAGAACUCUAGAAGUUUUACGCAGACGUGCGCGUCAAGAAGUGCAAUGUCGAAUACUUGUUCCAGCAUUCUGGAGCUGCUGGGUUUGAUGGUGGAGGUGGGGGCCUGGCUCUGCUCGUUUGGGGCUACAGUCAUGCCCAGCUGGCUGAGCCUCAGCACUGAGUUGCUGAUCCUGGAGAGCUAUGAAGUGGGCCUGUGGGAGUCCUGUGUGGUGCAAGAAGCGGCGGGUACCGAGUGCCGUGCAUUCGAAACACUGCUCGGUCUGUCAGUCAACAUGACAAUGGCACGGAUCUGCAUGUGCAUAUCAGACGCUCUCGGACUCUUGGGCAUCCUGAUCGCUAUCCCAGGUCUGAGCCUAGUGAAAAGUUGUGGGGGGUCACAGGGAUGGCGGGUGAAACGUGGCAUGAAGAUCACUGCAGGUGUGAUGGUACUGAUAACUGGCAUCCUUGUACUAUAUCCCGUGUCUGUCAUCGCCCAUGACAUUGUUGUGAAGUUCCAUGACCACUCACUGCCACAUACUGUGCCUCGCUGGGAGUUUGGGGAUGCUUUAUUCAUCGGGUGGGCUGCAGGUUUUUUUCACAUCAUCGCUGCAGCAUUACUCUUCAUCUCCUGUUGUUUUUCGGAAGAGGAUGAUAUACACUUCGAGUACCAACUUGAGAAAAAGUUUCAGCCUGUGAACAGCUUGUCCAAAAAACGAGUGGAGUACGUCUAAAAAAAGCUAGGAAACAUUCAGAGUGUCUCUUAUAGGACAGGACAGGUGAACUUAUGAACUCAUAUAAUGUACACUGCUCUUUUUUUUCUUUGAUUACUGCAGUCCAAAAGGUAACUUGUAAGUUUUAAUCUGCUGAUCUGUCUUAACAUUUCUUUUGCAUGCACUCUUAUUAGAAAUAGUUUUUUAUCAUCAGCUGGUGUAAAUAAAUGCUCUUAAACUGCUUAAUCCUAUGUAUACAGUUUUGUUUUCCUAAAAAAAUAUGAUUUAAAUAUAUAUAUGUUUGUUGGAAAGAAAAUUUUGUGUUAUAUUUAGUAUGGCAUAUGGUUAUAUUUAGUAUCUUCUUCUUCUUUUGACCUAUAUUGUUUGAGUUUAUUUUUGUAGAUAUUAUCAUAUACUAAGAUUUCACACAUAAUAGCUGUUUACCUCUUCAUGUCACUUCCAAAUGUAGAUCUUUUUGUUAAGUUGUAACGUAACUGGGAGAAAAUAGCAGCAGACAUUUGUUCUUGAUCCAUAAUAACGCAAUAAACUAAAUAAAAAAGCAUCACUACAA